GUUGGGCUGCCCUGGGAAAGGCCUGGAGGUGUCCUGGGUCACCUUCCUGGGCUGGCAAGCUGCCUGCCUCCUGCACAGCCACUGCCCUUCCUGUUAUUCCCGAGCCACCAGCCACAGCUCUGAGAGGCUCCUGGCAGCUUCUGUUUGCCACUGGCUCGAAUCUGGGCAGGAAGGCAAGGCCCGCAGAAUAUCUGGUGACCAAGAAGGAAACCCCAGAGCCUCAGAGACCAUCUUCUCAGCGGACAAAAUUAAGGCCCGAGGAGGGGAGGGGCGUGCUGGAAGUCUAUGGGACUGCAUCUUUCUGAGGCCCAGGAGCAGCCAUCCCCCACACCUGAAGCCCGGUGAGCUCACAUCUGGGGCCUCCGCCUGGUGCCAAGCAUGCAACCCAACCUGUGGGGCCUGCAACGCCAGGCUUCAGCACCCUCCGGGCACCAGUGCUCCAGCAGCCUGGGCCACGGGCUGGGCCGGGCUUGCAGCCCAUGAUCCCUAGUGAUGAAGGGCCCAGUCCUAGGGCGCUGAGCAACCUGCCCACCUGCUCCUGGCCAGGAGCUCUCACCACGGCUGGGUGCCCUUCCCCCUCCCCCACCGCUGGAGUCGCUGCAGCCAGGGAGGCCAGGACAGGGCUCCCAGCACCAACCGGCCUAGGAACCCCCAGGCCCUCUUCCUGGUCGAGGUGGAAUGCAGCUGACUCUCAGGUUCCCCAGAGCAGAAAAUGAGCCACAGAGCAAGCUGAUCCCAGCGACACAGCCCCCCAGCCCUACUGUAUUUCCGUUCCUAUCAAAAAAUGGAUGACUCGGAGACAGGUUUCAAUCUGAAAGUCGUCCUGGUCAGUUUCAAGCAGUGUCUCGAUGAGAAGGAAGAAGUCUUGCUGGACCCCUACAUUGCCAGCUGGAAGGGCCUGGUCAGGUUUCUGAACAGCCUGGGCACCAUCUUCUCAUUCAUCUCCAAGGACGUGGUCUCCAAGCUGCGGAUCAUGGAGCGCCUCAGGGGCGGCCCGCAGAGCGAGCACUACCACAGCCUGCAGGCCAUGGUGGCCCACGAGCUGAGCAACCGGCUGGUAGACCUGGAGCGCCGCUCCCACCACCCCGAGUCUGGCUGCCGGACGGUGCUGCGCCUGCACCGCGCCCUGCACUGGCUGCAGCUGUUCCUGGAGGGCCUGCGCACCAGCCCCGAGGACGCACGCACCUCUGCGCUCUGCGCCGACUCCUACAACGCCUCGCUGGCCGCCUACCACCCCUGGGUCGUGCGCCGUGCUGUCACCGUGGCCUUCUGCACACUGCCUACACGCGAGGUCUUCCUGGAGGCCAUGAACGUGGGGCCCCCGGAGCAGGCCGUGCAGAUGCUAGGCGAGGCCCUCCCCUUCAUCCAGCGUGUCUACAACGUCUCCCAGAAGCUCUACGCCGAGCACUCCCUGCUGGACCUGCCCUAGGGCCGGGAAGCCAGGGCCGCACCGGCUUUCCGGCUGCGGUGGCCAGGGCCGUGAGUCCCGUGGCAGAGCCUUCUGGGCGCUGCGGGAACAGGAGAUCCACUGUCGCCCCUGUGAGCUGAGCUGGUUAGGAACCACAGACUGUGACAGAGAAGGUGGCGACCAGCCCAGAAGAGGCCCACCCUCUCGGUCCGGAACGAGACGCCUGGGCCACGGCUCCCCCUCGGCCUGUUACACGCGUGUGCAGCCAGGCCUCGCCAGGGUGCGGUGCGGUGCAGAGCAGAGCAGGCAGGGGUGGGGGCCGGGCCCGCAAGAGCCCGAAAGGUCGCCACCCCCUAGCCUGUGGGGUGGAUCUGCGAACCAGGGUGAAGUCACAGGUCCCGGGGUGUGGAGGCUCCAUCCUUUCUCCUUUUUGCCAGCCGACGUGUCCUCAUCUCAGGCCCGUGCCUGGGACCCCGUGUCUGCCCAGGUGGGCAGCCUUGAGCCCAGGGGACUCAGUGCCCUCCAUGCCCUGGCUGGCAGAAACCCUCAACAGCAGUCUGGGCACUGUGGGGCUCUCCCCGCCUCUCCCGCCUUGUUUGCCCCUCAGCGUGCCAGGCAGACUGGGGGCAGGACAGCCGGAAGCUGAGACCAAGUCUCCUCACAGAAGGGCCCAGGAAGUCCCCGCCCUUGGGACAGCCUCCUCCGUAGCCCCUGCACGGCACCAGUUCCCCAAGGGAUGCAGCAGGCCACCUCCUGCAGCGGCCGUGGGUCUGCACAGCACGGCCCAAGGCCCCCAGGAGCUGGGACUCUGCUACACCCAGUGAAAUGCUAUGUCCCUUCUCCCCCCGCCCCUUGAUGCCCCCUCCCCACAGUGCCCAGGAGACCCACGGGGCAUGGAACAGGAGGGUCUGGACCCUGUGGCCCAGCCAAAGGCUACCAGACAGCCACAACCAGCCCAGCCACCAUCCAGUGCCUGGGGCCUGGCCACUGGCUCUUCACAGUGGACCCCAGCACCUCGGGGUGGCAGAGGGACGUCCCCCACGGCCCAGCAGACACGCGAGCUUCCAGAGUGCAACCUAUGUGAUGUCUUCCAACGUUAAUAAAUCACACAGCCUCCUGGGAGGGAGA